AAAGCUGAAGGGAAAUUUGGGUUUUCCCCCAUAUUAUUCUACUUUCGAUUUCUCUUUAAGAAUACGCAGAGGACUGUGUCUAAAAAGUUUUCUGUGAUAUGGAAGAAGAUGGCUUUCAUAAACAACAUUUCUUUUAUUCUUAUUUCUUUGAUUAAAUUAAUAUCACUGGUUUCAUCCAUUCCUUUGGGAAAUGGAGUCCGAGUACCAUUUUGUCCAGUGGAUAAGGGGUCAUGGAUGGCGGCUUCAAAGAGAUUAAAUUGUGAACAGUAUAAUAGGGAUUAUAUGUAUCAUUGUACUAUUAAUCCCUAUUUAAAUGCUACCUUCGAGACCUGCAACAUAGAAAGAGAAAUUGUUGGUUACAAAUGUACUGAAUAUAAUCAGAGAGGUCAAAUAAUUCAAGAAAGUGUCUUGAAAUGUCAAUACCAUGAACAAGCUUGCCCAGAACGUUAUUAUUCAACAGAAGCAUACAAGUAUCAAGGCUGCUACAUUGAGGUUUACAGAAAAAUGAAAAUCUGCCCAGAAGAAACUUCAUUCUCAUCCGAUAUUCCUUCUGAUAUAAGUUCCAUUGUGUCGACAACGUUAGAAAAUUGCAUAUCAGAAGAAAAAGAAAACAGUAUGUGUGUACAAACCAUUCUUUGUAUUGCAUUUUUCAUAAUAUUUGGGCUUGAAAACAUUUGUUUAUGUGUGUGGAUCUUCAGAAGACGAUUUGCGUGUAAAGAUAUUUCGAAAGCAAGCAUAGAAUGCAAAGAUGUUUCUCUGAAAAUAUUCUCGGUUGUUGAAAAGGAAAAUAAAUCUGACAAAAUCACGCAUACGCUUAUAAAGGAGCAACAACCACUGGUUGAUGAACCUGAUUCAACUGUAAGCAGUAACUACAUGAAACAAAAUUUUGUAAUUCCUGAAAAACUAGCCGUGAUUGCUCGCAACCUUGAGUCAGAUAUCGACGUAAUUAAUUUGACACUGAAAGAAAAUGACUAUAAUGAAGAUAUCUUAAAGAAAUAUGUUUUUAUGAUGAAAGAAAAACUCCAGAUGUUACAAGGGGAAAAUGGCUUAUUUUAUGACAGUAAUAAGAAAUUAGGUGAAAUAGUGUCCUCAUCAAGGUCUGUUUAGUACAUGUAUAU